UAUUUAUUAACAUACGGCUGAUAACCUUUGACCCCGAUGCAAAGAUCUGUAACACAACACUCAAUCUUUUGUUUCGUGCUCGACUGAAUAUUGUUAUUUUCGUAUGAAACGCUCUCGUUCGGGCAGAGACUAUUAAGCCCAGCGGUCGUCAUCUAGCCGAUUAGUAAACGUUUUAUCAAGUCCAAUGUUCAACGUUCGGUUAGCGAAAACUCUAUACGUGUGUGUAAUGUGCUACAAUCAGUAUUUAAUGAGCUGCGACGGGAAACGGUAACGAUCGUAGGCGUGCUUUAUCCUUUUGUGUAAAACCACGCAAAAUAAUAAUGUCUACCGUGGUGUAAAACCCUCGUCGAGUGUUAAAGUUUAAGUUCGUCUAUAUCGCCUCGUGUUUAUGUAAAACCAUUUUUGAAAUAUUGUAUUUUAUUUCAAAUUUCGGGUCGACGAAAGUGUGUUACGCAUCGCGUCCGCCAUGUUGCCAGGGACUUGCGACACGGAACUUACGUUGAGCGUGACCGGCGGUUGGUCGACUGUAAAGGUUCUGGAAAAGCUCAAGUUCUGCAAUAGUGGUAUAUUGAAAAUCAGCAGCUUGGAACGGAACGAGACGCUAACUAAAGGAAAGGAACUGCAUGGCGAAACUACGGCAGCGGCGUCGGCGACUCUACCACCUGGAUUUGUCUUGCUGGUGAUACUGAUCGGCAUCAGCGGUAUAUUUACGAUAAUCAUGUGGUUCACCGAGUUCUACAUGUUCCACAUACUGCAAUUCGUCACCAUCACGCAGGGAAGCGCAUCCUACGACAUGUGGAUAAAUCCGCCCGUCAAGCCGUACGUGUCCAUAUAUCCGUUUAACUACACCAAUAUAGACGAUGUGCUCAAUAACGGAGCUACACCCGUUGUUCAAGAGUUAGGUCCGUUCGUUUACCGUGAGACGGUGGAACGCAUAAACGUGGAGUUCAAUAAGAACGGAACGGUCACUUACCAAGAACAACGGAGCAACGAGUUCAUGCCGGACAUGUCGCGAGGAAAUCCUAAGCACAUGACCAUCAUGGCACCCAACCUACCGUUGAUAGGGGGCCUAGCCAAGGGUGCUAACGCAUACCUCCCUAGACUAACCCAGCCUUUUAUGCCGUUCAUUCUUGACGGGCUCCAACAGAAGCCGUUCCUCGAGCUCAAAAUUGACGAUUAUUUUUGGGGCUAUGAAGACGACUUGUACACGCUGGCCCAGAAUUUUGCGUCGAUAGUGCACAAGGAAGCUCGCCGGUCCAAGUUCGGUAUAGUGACCGGGCGAAGAGGCCUAAGCACCGAUCGGAUCACAGUACACAGCGGUGUGGGCAACUUGGACGAGCUAGGCAUCAUCACUCGGUACAACGGACAAAAUUCGUUAAACGUUUGGAAAACGGAUGAAUGCAACAGACUGGACGGUAGUGACGGAUCGCAAUUUCCACCGACCACGCUUAAUCGUAAUUCCAAGCUGUACGUGUUCCACAAAGACCUCUGUCGGCGAUUUCCGCUUGUCUACAAGGAGGAAGUGGAAGUGGUGCCCGGCGUCACCGCGCUCCGGUUCCAGGCACCGCGCAACGUGUUCGACACGCCGCUCACGAAUCCAGAAAACGCUUGUUUCUACUCGGAUGAUGCGUGCCCGCCGUCGGGGGUGUUUAACUCGUCACCGUGUUCCGGGGUCCCGGUUAUGAUGUCGUUUCCGCACUUUUACUUGGGUGAUCCCGAGUUGCGCAAAGACGUGUUGGGUUUAUCGCCAGACCCGGAAAAGCAUGAGACAUUUGUAGACGUGCACGCUAAACUAGGCGUGUCACUAGCUGGUCGAUCGCGGUUCCAGAUAAACGUGAUUCUCGGCUCGACUUCGGAUGGCAUGUCGUACUUCAAGAAUCUUAAACCUGGUUUGAUACUUCCCGUGGCCUGGAUUGAGCUGAAGGUGGACAAAUUGCCUGACGACAUUAAACGCAACCUGCAGCAGAUGUCCAUCAGUAUCAGUCUGGGCGAAAUUCUGCUCAAAUGGAUAUCUCUAUUAACGCUCACCCUAUCCAUGAUAUUUUUAGUUAAGAAAAUAAUUUUGAAAGAUUGUUUUAUGGCUAACGAAAAACUAGUUUUACCUUUCAAUAAAUGAUACUCCGUUUUUUGACACUACGUCUUAACGUAUUUUAUUGUUGUACAGUCAAACAAUUAUUACUUUUUAUACAUAUAACUUAACUAAUUACCUAUUUAUUAUUUGCAUUCUUUGUAGUUUUUUAUUAUUAUGAUUAUAGCUGAUUGUUUUUAUGAACGAUUUUUUUUACGUAGUACUUAGGCACAGCUACUGUUGUGAUGUUUGUGAUAAUUACUACGUUUUGCUAUUUGUAAAUUUCUUUGUUAUUAAUAUUGUAAUUUAUUUAAAUGUUUCCUUUUUUUUUCGUUUUGUUUCUUGUUAUUAUAUUAGCAAAUAUAGUUUUAAUCAAACUGC